AUGACAUGGGCCCUGCCGCUUUACCAAGCGCUUUUUCCUUCUGUGGGUUUUUUGAUGCGGGUCCUGCACAAACUGCGGGGGAUGGAUAAUAUCAAGCUCAACGGGCGGCUUGAGCGCGUCCUGGUGGCCAUCACCCGCGUGAUGACGGUGGCGGAGUUCGCGGAAAUCCUCCCUUUCGACCCUCGCGAGGCCACCCUGGCGUCGGAGCGCCAGCCAAACAGCUAUACCCUCAACACCCUCCGCUGCGCGCCUCUUACGACUCUCUGUCCUACUUUGUCAAGGAAAUAUUCCCUUUUAUUCAAUUCGAGAGCCAACCCUUGCGGGAGGCCGAGCAGGCCCAACUCCCGGCCGAACGCACGGUAUGGGCGGCGUUUCUUCAUCAGUACUGGCGCGUCGCUGGGGGGUUUUAUCAACUCCCCACCAUCUUCACCGAGGACUCUUUUUGCGAUUUGUUUAAACCACUCGUAG